CACUAGCGUUGAUUCUCUAAAGUAUAGUUUUUGAUAUUUGUUGGUUUGUGUUGCAGGAGUAGAAGCUGAAAAGUAAAAAGUUUGUGACUCAUGAAUGAGUUAAAACAGUUGGAAGAAGGAGCAUCCGAGCUCGGUGUUUGUAUUUUCGUUUGUCCGCUGGAACGAUGAUGGAAAUAGAGAUCUGUGCGCAAAAGGGAUACACGAACUGUGUGCAGUUUCGUGGGUCGCGGCACCUGCAAUUCCAUAACGGUUUCGCUGUAUUUGCGAGUCGCUGUGUUUUUAUGCUCUCGCGGAGUUACUUCCUGCAUGCUGGGAGCGCCAAAAGUGGCUUGGAUUAUCAGGCUGCACCUUACCAAAGUUUCAGGCGGUGGAGGCGACCCUGCGUGGCGUGCCCCAACGAGCAGCGGAGAUCGAAUGGAAGAGCUUGAGAACUAUGACCUUAGUUGCGAACCAUAGCCUUUCUUCAUGUUCCAGGAAAGGAUGCGAUAAAAAUAGCAACUGGUCCAGUUAGGAUUCUGUUUAUGGGAAUAGCACGCGGAGUUCCAGGCUGGAUAAUUCUGUAGAUACGAUCAGAACUACGAUACCCCAGAGAGAAAUCAGGGGGCAGGCAGAGAGUAAAUCGUCACGAUUCAAGUUGGAUUUAGGUCCUUUUGGGUAGUGGUAUAGUAGUGCUCGGUGUCGUCAAGCAUGGAUUGAUUCAUACUCUUGUCAGGACCGCAUAGUGUGAACCUCGCCAGAAUCAGUGGGUCGGUCAUUCGCAAGGGUUUAGCCUCCGCUGAUGACUUUGGAGGAAUGUCUCCUUUACUGCGCGACGCGUGAUGCCAGGGAUUAUGGAAUCUUCGUUAGCUCGAUGGACAUGACGUUGAGGUCCUCUUCGUGAACGUAACGACCCCUCUUUGUCUUUCAAGAAUGCCCAGGAUUCUGAGCGGAGGUGAGCACUGGGUUGAGUCGAGGACUACUCAUAUGAUUCUUAUGGUUUGAGCCUGGCGAGCAGAUUUGUAGUGGUUGACACGGAAUUCUCAUUGAUACUCUGAAGCUGCAAACUGGCUGCAGAUCUUGUAUGGGGAGCGCGUGCAGGACCCUUCUGUUUCUUAAUUGUGAAGGAACGCUUGGCGAAGCUUGUCUUGGGUUAUGGAAGGUGCAGUGGUGACGGUCUAGUACUUGAAAGAGUUGACUCUGCAGCAGCAAUGGGAGUGGACUUUGUCUUCACUAGUGAUAGCUUGAGAUUAUACACUGGGAAUGGAUGCGGAAGACGCCUGUCGUGGUUGCCGGUCGAUGGUGGUGCCAACUGAGUGCAACGACCCUGAAGCUAGGAGAAGAAUUCAAACUCGAUUGUCAGAUUUGUACGUUAUCAUGUCUUCGCACUCAGUAUUGACGCAGGGCGUCUCUAUUGGCCAGCCUAGCCUCCAUGCACAGAGCGUCAGACCUUCGUGACAACAAGUUUUUAAGAAGUGAUUCCAAGCUUCAAACCUCAAAUUAACUCUGAGGGCAAGAUUGUCGUUAGUAUUCAAGGACCUGCUGGAGGUAUCAUCGACCAUGAAAGGAUAAAGUAGCGGCGGGUAUUCAACAACGGUGAUGGGUGUCCAACAGAAAGCAUCAAGUAGCAACACUACUAACACAGCGUGCGCGGCCUGCAAGUACCAGAGGAGGAAAUGCACUCCAGAUUGUCCUCUCUCGCCCUACUUCCCUCCGGAUCAACCCAAGCGGUUCGCUAAUGUCCACAGGCUCUUCGGCGUCAGCAGCAUCCUGCGCCUUCUUAAACACGUUGACCCCUCGAAACGGGAUGACACAGUGAAGUCCAUCACUUACGAGGCCGACACUCGAGAGAAGGAUCCUGUUCACGGAUGUCUGGGCGUCAUUACCAUGCUUCAAAACCAGGUGUCUAAAUUGAAAGAGGAGCUUAAUAUUGCUCGCCAGCAACUCCUCAUGAUGGAGCAGCAGCAAGCAAUGGCUGUAGCAGGCCAACAACUCCAAAGUUUCCAAAGCCCUCAUGGAUUGUUGGUUGAAUCCGGUUACGAGGACUACGACUCGCAGCUAUUGAGGUACCAUAUUGGUGGUCACGAGGUUGACAAGUUUGACCAGAAACUGAACAUUCUGCCCUUGGAUUACAGAUAUGGAGGAGAAGACACACAUUUGAUGAACCUGACGAAGGCGGACCAAGCAGAGCAGCAUCGACGAACUGGGGCUUGUUUUGGAAUUGAUCCCGAAAGCCAUCGUCAAACGCAUUCGCAAGCUACGCAUGAUCAAAGUUCACGAAGCUCGACUAGCAUCAGUCCUGCAGGAUAUGGAAUAAUCCCGGACGCCGACAUAAAAGGAGCGAACUACUUGUUGUCGAGCGGACAAUGUCACGUCCUCGAUCACGAGCUUCGGCGAGCAGGCGUGUAUUUAAGUUUGACGAACUAGCAUUGAUGAGAUUGCUGAUCCACUAUCUCAGUGGUUACCACCGAGCCCUAAUCGUGAGCGCGCAAAAGGAUUUUGAAAAAAAAGGAAGAAAAAGAAAAAAAAAAAAACAGAGUGCCCAAGUCUUUUUCAGAAACGGCAGGAUGGAAAGUGCAAAUUCUGCUGUCAACCAAACAGUCGACGAAGAAUUCGCAACGUGAUAACUGAUCACGCCAUCCCUGGAAACAAGGGAAAAGCGAAUUUUUUUUUGUGAUGUGCUCAAAUCUCUUCAUUAUUCAGCUUUCAACACAAGAAUUACGUGUUCUGUCGACACGCAAUCGUGUGUUUUGUGUAUGGUGAUCACCCCAAUUGUGAUUUACCAGCACCGACAUGGAUAUCGACAUCAGCAGACCCAAGAAGCACGCGCAAGAAGCAGGGGUUACUUCAGAUGACAAGGAAUGAGAAACUGGCCGCCAUCCUCGACUUCGCCCUAAGAUCGAUUUCAUAACACAAGCAGCUGCACGGUGGGCUUAAGAGGUAAUUGCAGCUGGCGGCAAUCUCUCUCAGCGCUGGAAGAAUCUAGCAUCCUUACCGGACGUGUUAAAGUAGGAAUCGUUAGAUCUCCGUAUGACGUUCAGAGCCGACCUCAAUUCUCUUCUGCGCGUUCACUUCGAGGAAAGCUUGCACACUCGUAUUUUAUAGUGCUUGGAAUUCAACAAAGCACGGCUAUACUCCGGUGCAGUUGCGCAUGGAGCGUUGCGGAAGAAACCCAGCUUGGUUCCUGUGCACGGCUGGUGAUACUGAACGAAGAAUGAUCGACCUCCUCGACUUCCAACGUCUACCUAGUGUACGAGUGCAUUCAUGUCAUUGUUAGAAUUGAUUUCAUGUACAAUAGUUCACUGGUGCGAUCUCAGUUUUCAGAAUCUCCAUACAAUUACGGGAGGAAAAAACCAGGGCAAAAACUCAAAUAGCAAACACCAAACAGCAGGAAAAACAGAAAAAAAAAAAAAAAAAAAAAAAAAGAAGAAAAAAAAAGAGAGAAAAUAUCGCAGAUUGUCAGAUACUGUACAAGUGUUCACUGAGAAAUCUCAAAACAAAAAGACUGCCUAGUGAUAAGUAUCCGCGAAA